UAUCGAUACAAAUAUAAAUAGCAAGCCAGCAGCAAAAUAUCGCAAUUUUUAUUUCAAAUACGAAUUGGAGAAACACACACGAAUUAUAAAACUGCAUGAAUAAUUAUCGGGAGGUGGCGCAUUGUUAUAUAUGCAACUACGCCUUUGCGGACGCAAAGGCGUACCAGCAUCAUAUAUUCGAAAAGGAGUGCAAUGGAAGCGACAUCGAGCAGAGCACUUUAGCCAGCAUAUUGACCAUGGUUCUGGGCAGCAAGCUGCAAGAAAUGCAGCUGCACUCACUGGUUGUGUGCAGCAUCUGCAAGAUGAGUCUUCUUGAUUAUGAGGCUUUGGAGCGUAAAUUGAUGAAGCUGCGUUUGGAAAUCACUGAGAUGCACAAAGAAACAUCUAAAGCGUAUGAGGCUAAAGGGAAUAAUGAAGAUGAUGAUAAACAGUUGGAAAGCGAAGUGUAUUCAGAAUUCGUUAAGGAGGAAUGCUCUGCGGAUGUGUAUGCAGACUUGGACGAGCAAAGCAAUCAGGACGAGGAGGACACAGACAAUUCCACUACAAGCUUUGUAAACAACCAGUAUUCAAUGCAUACAGACGACGGCUUAAUGGAGCAGUGCUCCGAGAAUGAUGAUGAGUAUAAAUACUUGAUUGAAGAGUGCAGCAUUGACUUCGCCGACUUGGACGCACAAACCCAGGACAUGGAAGCAACUGAUCCAUCUUAUUUGGACUUGAUAGAGCGCUGUUCCGAGAACUCUGAUUUGGUAGUGCACCGCUCCGACGAGGAAGACACAGAUCUCAUGUAUAAUGUCCUGGAUGAGUUUACAAAAACAGGCACAGCCUUGCUUGUAGAUGGCCCACAAAAAAAGACACGGGGCUCGAAGAAGGCUCAAAGACGUCUCAGAUCACAGACUGAAUUCACGUGCUCCCAUUGUGGCAAGGACUUCGAUCGUCGUAUCCGUCUGGUGGAGCACGAACGCAUUCACACCGGAGAGCGUCCGUUCAAGUGUGAGGUGUGCGGUGCGAGUUUCGCCCAACGUGCCAAUUGGCAGAGUCACAUGAAGACGACACACCUCAAGGUGGCCAAUUUCAAGUGUGACUUUUGUGCACGGGAUUUUAAGCAGCGUCGUCUGCUCAACAAUCACAUCAAGUCCGUUCACAACAAUUUGCGUGACUUGAGCUGUGAUCAUUGUGAGGCCAAGUUCAGCAAUCCCGUCAACCUGAAAAAACACCAGCUAUGCCACACGGGCGAUAAGAACUACAGCUGCGAAAUCUGUGGAAAGAAAUUCAGUCGCCCCGAGAAUCGCAAUGUUCAUCAUUUUGUGCACAGCAUAAGGAAACCAUAUGCCUGCAAUGUUUGUGGUGAAGGAUUUAUGCGUAAACAGAAGUUAAUACAUCAUAGCAAAGUCACCAAACGUUAACCAAAAGAUUGUGAGACUCAAACCGCUAUUUAGUGCGGCCAACAGUGAUAAGCUUUUGAAUUCCAAAAACUAAAACUCUGCAAGAGACUGUACCUUUUCUGUAAAGAAAUUGAAAAUCAAAAAUUACAAAUAAAUACAAAUGUGUUCCAAAGAUGCAAACCAACCAAAACCCCACAAAUUUAUGGGUUUUUUUUGGUUGGUUUGUGAUUUAGAAACACCUCUGAU